AUGAGAAGCGUCAAUAGCAGCGUUGAUACUAUCAACGCCGCCGCCACUGCCAUCGUCUCAGCCGAAGCUCGAGCGCAGCCCACCACUGUCCCUAAAAGAAGAUGGGGAAGCUGCUGGAGCCUAUAUUGGUGCUUUGGGUCUCAUAAAAACAAGCGAAUUGGUCAUGCUGUCCUCGUUCCUGAGCCCGUAGUUCCAGGAGCUGCAGUUUCUGCCAUUGAUAACCAAACAACCUCAACUGCAAUUGUAGUACCCUUCAUUGCCCCUCCAUCUUCUCCUGCAUCUUUCCUCCCAUCUGAUCCACCAUCUGCUGCCCAAUCACCUGCUGGAUUUCUGUCCCUCAAAUCUCUUUCUGCCAAUGCCUACUCUCCGGGUGGUCCUGCAUCCAUCUUUUCCAUUGGCCCUUAUGCAUAUGAGACCCAGUUAGUCUCACCACCUGUAUUCUCUACCUUCAACACUGAACCAUCUACUGCUCCAUUCACUCCCCCUCCCGAAUCUGUGCAGCUGACUACACCUUCAUCCCCUGAAGUGCCUUUUGCUCAACUUCUGACUUCUUCACUGGACCGAAAUCGUAGAAAUAGUGGUACCAACCAGAAGUUUGCAUUGUCACACUACGAAUUCCAGCCUUACCAACAAUAUCCAGGAAGUCCGGGUGGUAAUCUCAUAUCACCAGGAUCAGCAGUCUCAAAUUCUGGCACGUCUUCUCCUUUUCCUGACAGACACCCUGUGCUUGAGUUUCGCAUGGGAGAAGCUCCAAAACUCUUUGGCUUUGAUCAUUUCACCACUCGUAAGUGGGGUUCUAGGAUAGGUUCUGGAUCAUUGACCCCAGAUGGUGUGGGGCUGGGUUCGAGGCUAGGUUCUGGGUCAUUAACGCCGGAUGGCAAUGAGCUAGGUUCAAGGCUAGGCUCUGGAUGUGUGACCCCCAAUGGUGCUGGAAUCGGUUCCAGGUUGGGUUCUGGAUGUUUGACGCCUGAUGGUCCUGGCCCUGCCUCUAGAGACAGUUUCCUUCUGGAGAACCAGAUAUCUGAGGUGGCAUCCCUGGCCAACUCAGAGAGUGGAAGUCAAACUGUGGAAACUGUAUUUGAUCAUAGGGUGUCAUUUGAAUUGACUGGUGAAGAUGUUGCGUGCUCUCUUGCAAAUAAAGCAUUGGCAUCAAAUAGAACUGCAUCAGGAUCUUCAAAGGUUAUAGCAUCAGACUACCCAAGUGAAAGAGAUGCGUUAUCUUCAGAUUCUAGUAAUCACUGUGAGUUUAGUGUUGAGGAAAGUUCCAGUAGAAUUCCUGAAAAUGUUUCUGGAGAAGGGGAGGAUCAAGGUUACCGGAAGCAUAGAUCCAUCACCCUUGGGUCAACGAAGGACUUUAAUUUUGACAACACAAAGGCUGAAGUUCCCAGUAAGCCCAACAUUGGCUCAGAGUGGUGGGCUAACAAAAAUGUUGCUGCUAAGGAAUCUAAGCCUUGUAAUGACUGGACUUUCUUUCCAAUUCUACAACCUGGAGUUAGAUGA